CGGCCAAUGCUACAUUAUGCAGUAAAGGUUUGUUCUUGGCUGAGCUGAUUUGCGACUGUUCCCCGUUGUUCGAUUUAAUAGUGUCGGUGUUUUUUAUAAUUUCUCCAUUUCUUCGAUAUUUUUCAAUGCAUCCGGUUCUAGUGAAGUGUUUGACCAGCAAACUCAGUCUAGUAACACAACUCGGACGUUCAACAGCGGUAACUCAGCGGCUUUCCUUUCAUACGACAAAAAUGGUGCAGAUCAAGGAAGGCGACAAAAUCCCUUCAAUCGAUUUAUAUGAGGACUCCCCGGCUAACAAGGUUAACAUCUCUGAUUUGUGCGCAGGCAAAAAGGUCAUUUUGUUUGCCGUCCCCGGUGCAUUUACACCCGGCUGCUCAAAGACGCAUUUGCCAGGCUACGUAGAUAGGGCUGCAGAGCUGAAAUCAACUGGCGUAGCGGAAGUCGUUUGCGUUUCGGUCAACGAUCCGUUCGUUAUGUCGGCCUGGGGAAAGCAACACAACACGGCCGGUAAGGUUCGCAUGCUGGCCGAUCCUUCAGCCGUAUUUACUAAGCAGCUCGAUCUUGGUGCUGAUCUACCACCGCUCGGCGGACUUCGUUCCAAGCGCUACUCAAUGGUACUGGAGGAUGGCGUUAUUAAGGCGUUGAAUGUGGAACCAGACGGCACUGGACUGUCCUGUUCGCUGGCUGACAAGAUCAAGGUUUAAUGGCACGGCAAAGGGUACCCGCGAUGAUCUACAGGAAACUCAUGUUAGUAUCUAAGAGCACAAACCUUCCGUGACAGUGAUCCAUUGCACUAAAUGGGAACCCAAUAUAACCCUUUUAUCUCAAAUGGAGCAAUUAUAAGAAAACGUAUCGUUCAUGAUAAACAAAACCUAAACGUUAAUGAUAUAUGUGGAUCAAUUCUUGGAUAAACGCUCUCGCUUGAAAAUAUUCGUUGAAAUUCAUAUGUUUAUAUAGAGUAUUGUAUAAAUAUUUUAUUUGACCCAACACAAUAAAGAAUCUUGCAACAGUUCUAUUAGAUGUA